AUGUUGACAACAGAACCUCUUGAUGGGGCAGUGCCCGCUGAGAAGCCCUCAGACACCCCAACCACCAACACGCGUUUCAGCAACCACAUCAUCUUGACCACAUACCCUGGCCAGAGCGGCAUUGAGCCUGUUCCUCUCGAAUGGGGUGCCCCGGAUGCCAAAUCUCGUGGUCCAAUCGUUGUAUCACGAAGCGGAAACCUCCUCAAGCGCCGCAAUGCCAUCGGCGCCCACGGUGGUAGCUACAGCAUCUAUAAUGCGCUCGCGAUUGCCGCAGGCGACUUGGAUGCUGAUUUCCGACCGGACUUCCGGAACUCCGAGCCAACUUUUAACUUCCCUUGGCAACCGGCUUGGGCGGAUAAGACAAAGAUUGUCUCCUUGGAUCCCUAUGGCCAUGACAUUGUCAAUCAGUUCAAGGAAGAACUGGAGGCGGGCUGGGACAUCCGCCCCACCAUGGCGGUGACUCGCGCUAACAUGAAGCUGGCGGAGAUUGCAGACGAUGUGAAGAACGGCCUGCUCGAGGUUGAUGGGUCGAUCCUGGUUGACUCUUCUGGUGAAGUGCGUGUGACCAAGGUGGCUGCCGAGCCGGUCUGGUAUCUUCCUGGGGUUGCGGAGCGAUUUGGUGUUGACGAGGGUACUCUGCGCCGGACUUUGUUUGAGCAUACUGGCGGCAGCUACCCGGAGCUCAUCACCCGCCCGGACCUGAAGACCUUCUUGCCGCCAAUCGGUGGUCUGACUGUGUACAUCUUCGGUCCCCCGGAGCGAAUCUCGGAUGAGAAUGUAAAGUUGGCCUUGCGAGUCCACGACGAGUGUAACGGCAGUGAUGUCUUCCAGUCAGAUAUCUGCACCUGCCGACCCUAUUUGGCGUUUGGAAUUCGCGAAGCGGUGCGGGAGGCUCAGAAUGGGGGUAGCGGCGUUGUGAUAUACUUCCGCAAGGAAGGUCGCGCUCUCGGAGAGGUGAUCAAGUACCUGGUAUAUAAUGCGCGCAAGCGCGGCGGCGACACUGCCGAUAAAUACUUCACCCGGACAGAGAACAUCGCCGGAGUUCGAGAUAUGCGUUUCCAAGCCCUCAUGCCCGACAUCCUGCACUGGCUCGGCAUAAAGAAGAUUGACCGUAUGCUGUCGAUGUCGAACAUGAAGCACGAUGCGAUCGUCGAUACUGGAAUCAAGAUCCUUGAGCGCAUCCCCAUCCCCGACGAGAUGAUCCCGAGCGAUUCCCGAGUGGAGAUCGAUGCCAAGAUCCAGUCGGGAUACUUCACCACCGGAAAGACACUUACCGAUCAGGAGCUGGCUCAAGUCAAGGGACGUGGCUGGGAGAAGUGGGAGGACAUUGCUCACUGA